AUGAUCUUAAGGUUACUGUUAGGCCGUUUAAGACAGAACCUAACACAGAUCCCGGGCCAUCAGAUUCUCCCUACCCAGCAACCACUGCUUCUGGGGACAAUCUGGAAAACUUCUCAGGUGAUCCUAGUAAAAGUGCCACAGAAUAUCAGAAUUCAAAUUAUCCACCAAAUUAUUUCAACAGGCUCUGGAUCCAGUAUCACCAAUCCAACAUCAGCACUCGGCUAUACUUCACAACAGAAUUUAGAUGCUUAUUCUUCAUACCAAGGGUACCAGCCCAGCUAUUACGGUGGCUAUGGGUUCAUAAGCAACCAGUCCGUAGUGGGUGUGACGACACCAACAACAGUGCCUUCAAACACACCCACUUACCAGCUGGUGGAGUUACCACAACCUCAGAAUGUCCGAGUAGACUCCGAUCACUUCCCUAUAGUGGGUGAAUUUAAAGGGAUGUUGGUCGCAGAGGAAUCAGAGAUUGAAAAUCAUCCCAUCAAUGGUGAAAAUUCCCAAAACACAUUUACAAGUCCUUCACCUCCUUUAAAAACAGAAGCAAACGGCAAUACUCGGCGACCCAGACCACCUCGAGGUGGUCGUCGACAAAAUAACCCUUCUCCUGGACCAGAAUCUGAUUUAGAGAGGGUCUUCGUAUGGGAUUUGGACGAAACCAUUAUCAUUUUCCACUCUCUUCUCACAAGUACAUAUGCACAAAGAUAUGGAAAGGAUCCUCCCAGCUCUGUGUCUUUAGGAUUAAGAAUGGAGGAAAUGAUAUUCAACUUGGCAGAUACUCACUUAUUCUUCAAUGAUUUAGAAGAAUGUGAUCAAGUUCAUAUAGACGAUGUGUCAUCUGAUGAUAAUGGACAGGACCUUAGUUCAUAUAACUUUGCGACUGAUGGUUUCCAUGCAGCCACCACCAAUGCAAAUCUGUGUAUAGCCACUGGUGUUCGCGGAGGAGUCGACUGGAUGCGGAAGCUCGCCUUUCGGUACCGACGGAUAAAGGAGAUAUACAAUAGUUACAGAAAUAAUGUAGGAGGUUUAUUAGGUCCGCAGAAACGGGAACAGUGGCUUCAAUUGAGGCAAGAAAUUGAAAACAUCACAGACAGUUGGCUAACAAUGGCAUUGAAAUCUCUCAACAUAAUCAACACCAGAUCUAACUGUGUAAAUGUGUUAGUGACAACUACUCAGCUUGUGCCUGCAUUAGCUAAAGUGUUGCUUUAUGGUCUGGGAGGAGUUUUCUCAAUUGAAAACAUAUACAGUGCAACAAAAAUAGGUUGGUAAACUCAUUUCUUUCCA